CUAUUCAUAACGUCAAAUUUUCAAGGUUCAAGUUUGUUUAAAUCACAAAGGUGAUUACCGGCACUGUUUUCAUAAUUUAAUAAUUAUGGCCGUUCGAAAUAUCUUUAAAUUAGGAGCUUUGGAAGCUCCGAAGACGGCUUUUCUUCUGUGUGAUAUACAAGAAACAUUUAGGCCUCAUGUGAAGCAUUUUGGAGAAGUUGUAAAAGUCGCUAAUAAAAUGUUACAAGCAGCCAAAGCCUUCCAGAUCCCAGUCUACAUUUCAGAACAGUAUCCGAAAGGACUCGGCCAUACAACAAAAGACAUAAACGUAUCUGACGCAGCUCUGGUCUAUGAGAAGACUAAGUUUUCCAUGGUCACUCCUGAGUUGCAGGAAAAACUGAAAAACGAUGUGCCGGAUUUGAAAGCCGUUGUGUUGUUUGGUAUUGAAGCCCACGUGUGCAUAGAACAAACGGUGAUAGACUUACUUAACGAGGACAUAGCGGUUCAUGUUUUGGCUGAUGGAGUAUCGUCCAGAUCGUUGAUGGACAGGGGACUUGCUUUACAGCGCCUGCAAAGUAUUGGAUGUUUCAUAACAACAUCAGAGAAUGUUCUUUUCAAGUUGCUUCGUGACAAGAACCAUCCCUCGUUUAAAGUUGUGUCAAAACUCAAUAAAGAACCUACUGUUGACACCUUAGGGUUCGACAGGGCUAAAUUAUAGACUUAAUAAUUAAAAUUUGAUCAUUACUUUGACUGGGUUUUAAUUUGUAUUUUUAACCAACCAAGUGUUAUUUAAAAAAGCGUUGCAAGUAUUGCAAACAAUAGAUUAUUACUGUACUUUGUCCAACCGUUUAUUUUCUAUUUGACAUUAUGCAUUCGUAUGAAGUCAUUAUGAAGUUCAAUUAUUUAUAUUGUUAGACAACCAUAGACAAAAAAAUGCUUCAUGGGCGGUGCUUUUUCUUUACUGUAGUGAAGCGACGUAGU